AUGAAGUGGCUUUUAGUGUUAGCGGUGUUGACUUUAUUGCAAUGGGUGAACGCGUUGGCGCCAGUGCACUACGCCGAAGAAGAUACUGCUAUUCCGAAUAGAUAUAUGGUUCUUUUGAAGAAAGAUGCCGAUUUACAAAGUACCAUCAGCCGCAUCAAAUCAUUUUCUGUUGUCGCAGAGUUUGGAUGGGAAUACGUAAUUUGGAAAGUGCGAUACAUUGAACAAGAUCAAUUUGCAUAUGUAGAUGCGAUUGGAAGUUGGGGGUUAGACCGAACUGAUCAGAGAAACUUGCCAUUAGAUGAUAUAUUUGUCCCAGAAGGGGAUGGAUUCAAUGCGAACAUCUUUGUCCUGGACACAGGGAUUACGUACGCCCAUACGGAUUUCGAAGGCAGGGCUAAACUGUUCAUGGAUGUAGUCGAUCCAGGAAACCCAUCACAAGUAGACUGUAAUGGGCACGGAACGCAUUGUGCUGGUACUGUUGGAGGUAUUACCUAUGGGGUAGCGAAGAAAGUGAAUCUUUGGAACACGCGUGUAUUGAACUGCUUGGGUGGUGGACCAGCCAGCGAUGUUGUUUUCGGAAUGGAAGCUGUUGCUGACAGUGGAAACAGACCAGCAGCUAUAUCUAUGUCGCUGAGUUAUCCUGACUCUGACAUUCUUGAUGAGGCAGCCGACUAUUGCGUAGAUAGGGGAGUGUCUGUGGUCACCUCGUCCGGUAAUGAUGACAGGGACGCCUGUUUCAAGUCGCCUCAGCGAAACAAUAGGACAAUAGCGGUAGGCGCAACAGAUGACACAGAUACCAGGGCAUAUUUCUCAAACUAUGGACCAUGUCAAGAUAUCUGGGCUCCGGGUGUUGAUAUUGUAAGCUGUCACAAUGAAGAUCUCGAUGGCACCGCAACAUUAAGUGGCACAUCAAUGGCCUGUCCGCAUGUCGCCGGCGUUGCGGCUAUUAAAUUGGGUAUCAAACCGGAGAUGACACCUGAGGAGGUCAAAACUACAAUAUUGGCUGAUAGUACUCCUGGAGUGGUCAAUGAUGCCAAAGAGGAAGAAGGCACGCCAAAUCUACUUUUUUCGACAAUGAAGUGGAUUUUAGUGUUAGCGGUGUUGACUUUGGUGCAAUGGACCAACGCAUCAGCGCCAGUCUACUUCGCAAGAGAAGAUGUUGCUAUUCCAAAUAAGUACAUGGUCUUUCUGGAGAAAGAUGCAGAUUUGCAAAGUAUUAAAAUGCGCAUCAAAUCAUUCUCAUUUAUCGCAGAGUUUGGAUGGGAGUAUAAAGGAAUGAAUGGUUUUGUUGUUACAAUCGACAAUAAAGGUCUGAACUACAUGCGUGAUUUGGAUGAAGUGCGAUAUAUUGAACAAGAUCAAAUGGGCCAUAAGGAUGCUAUUGCAAGUUGGGGAUUGGACCGAACUGAUCAGAGAACCUUGCCCUUGGACGAUGUAUUUGUCCCAGAAGGUGAUGGGGCCGGUGCCAAUGUGUUUGUCCUCGACACAGGGAUUACGUACGCCCAUACAGAUUUUGAAGGACGGGCCAAACUGUUCAGGGAUAUGGUCAAUCCAGGAAACCCAUCAGAAACCGACUGUGACGGACACGGAACACAUUGUGCUGGAACUGUUGGAGGUGCUACAUACGGGGUAGCGAAGAAAGUGAAUCUUUGGAACACGCGUGUGUUAAACUGCUUCGGUAGUGGACCAGCUAGCGAUGUUGCAGCAGGCAUGACAGAGGUAGCUGAUUUCGGAGAUCGGCCAGCAGCUAUUUCCAUGUCACUGAGUUAUGUUGACUCUGUAACUAUUGACGAUGCAGCCACUUAUUGCUUUGAAAACGGAGUGUCUGUCGUCACCUCGUCUGGCAAUGAUGAUGCAGAUGCUUGUUUUAAAUCGCCACAGCGAAACAAUAGAACAAUAGCGGUGGGAGCAACAGAUGACACAGAUACCAGAGCAUAUUUCUCAAAUUACGGGCCAUGUCAAGAUAUCUAUGCCCCAGGUGUUGAUAUUGUAAGCUGUGACAAUAACGACCUUAAUGGCUCCUCGGUGAAGAGUGGUACGUCAAUGUCCUGCCCACAUGUUGCCGGCGUUGCGGCUAUUAAAUUGGGUAUCAAACCGGAAAUGAGUCCAGGUGAAGUCAAAACUACCAUAUUGGCUGAUAGUACUCCUGGAGUGGUCAAUGAUGCCAAAGAGGAAGAAGACACGCCAAAUAAACUCCUGUAUUCAGCAGAGAAUAUAUAAAAAAUGGUACUUGAAUUGAAUACCAUGUACAUUUCAUAGUAAUAUAUAAUAAACAUGUCAUAAAAAACA